GUGUUCUUCAGGCAGGAGUGGAGGAGAGUUCUGCUGGACUCCUGGAGUGAGUCUGAGGCCUCUGUGGUCUGCAGACAGCUGGGCUGUGGUUCUGUACUCAACACCUCCAGCUCCUCUUCAUCCAGUCCUGAACACAGCUACAUGUGUGUGACGGGUUUCAACUGCUCUGGGAGUGAAGCUCAUCUGAGGAACUGCAGCAGCUCACAAGCAGUUAACUGCAGCUCCACAGAACAGCUCUACAUCACCUGCUCUGGCUACAGCUUCAUCAGGCUGGUUGGUUCUGGGGGAGACUGUGCAGGAAGGCUGGAGGUUUUCCACAGUGGAUCAUGGGGGACAGUGAGUGAUGAAUUUUGGGAUAUUGAGGAUGCGCAGGUGGUCUGCAGACAGCUGCAGUGUGGAGUGGCCCUCAGUGCUCCAGUACCGGUACCAGCCCGGUUUGGAUCUGGAACUGGACCCAUUUGGCUGAAUGAGGUGGAGUGUGAGGGGAACGAGGUGUCUCUGUGGAACUGCAGAUAUCAGCUGUGUGGAGAGGAUGAAUGUGGACACAAGGAUGAUGUAGGAGUCGUGUGCUCAGAGAAUGGAAAUACACUAGAUUUGACAAAUUGGCUGUGUGAUUCAUCUCCUCAUGAGAGACCGUGCUCAAAGCACAUUCCUCUGAGGCUGAGGGGAGGAGUAGGAAGCUGUUCUGGAUGGCUGCAGGUGUAUCAUAAUAAAACAUGGGGGUCUGUAUGUGGUGAUCUCUGGGACAUCAGGGAUGCUCAGGUGAUCUGCAGGCAGCUGGCUUGUGGGCCGGCGCUGAGUGCUAAUAGAAGAGCUGCUGAUGGUUCUGGUGGAGGAACUAUCUGGAUGAACAGAGUGAAGUGUAGAGGGAAUGAGAUUCACCUGUGGGACUGUCCUCAUUCCCUGAAGAACCACACUGACUGCUCCCACAGUGCUGGAGUCACUUGUGGAGGCUUCCUGUAUCAUACUUUGCCUUUAAAUAAUAAAAGAGGACAGAUGGGACAUUUUGUCUUGCAAGAUUCUCAACCACAGACAAGAAGAAUCAUACUUCCACAAACUCCUCCACCAGCUGUUCCCUCCAUCUAUCCAGUGUCUCUCCUGGUUCUGGGAUCUGUGCUCUUCCUGGCCUUAGUGCUUCUGGUUGUGCUGUUUUAUCAGAACAGAGUGCUCAGGAGAGUGAUCUCUAAGAGGAGGAAGACUUCAGCUGAGCCUGUCUAUGAGGAGAUUGACACCAGGCUCAUCCCUAAAAGAAUUACUGUCUCAACUGAAAGUAAAGCAGAUAAUGAGGAAAUACAGUUAAGUUAUGAUGUCAUUUUUGCUGGACAAACACCUGACAGUGCAGCAGAGGAAGAACCAGAUAAUUACGAUGAUGUUAUUGUGGAACAAAACUCAAACAUUGUGAUGGAAAACAUGCUGGAGAUCUACGAUGAUGUCAUGGAGGUCACUGCUGGACACAUUGCGGCAGGGUGGUGAGCUUCCUGAGGGCUUUGAGGAUAGUUAUCCUGGUGCGUGUCUUUCGUCUGGCCUCUCAGAAGAAAGAUCUGGAGAAGGUCACUAGAAGAAAGGUAUCUGAGAACAAAAGGCGGUAACAAAAAGGAUGGAUUUGAUUUGGAUCUCACCUAUGUCACAGGCACUCUACAGAAAUCCCAUAAAAGAAGCUGCCAUAUUUCUGGACACAAAGCAUCCCGAUCAUUACAGAGUUUACAAUCUCUGCAGUCAAAAAGGCUACGAUCCACUGUUCUUCCAUUACAGAGUGCAACGAGUGAUGAUUGACGACCAUAACGUACCGUCAUUAGACCAACCCACUCGUUAGGACUCCCCCUAUCACUAGUAAUGCCCCAACACACCAGGAGGAUGAAGACUAGCACACUCUUUCUCCGAUACAUGUGAAGUCAGCCACCGCUUCUUUUCGAGCUGCUGCUGAUGCAGCAUUGCCAAGCAGCCAGCACAUUUGGAGGAAAGCGCAGCGGCAGGUGAAGUGCGUAAUAUGGACAGUGUGCACUUUGCACUUGUGCAACUUUUUUUUAAAAACAGUUUGAUUUGUUUCUGCUAUAUUUUGAUUCAUAGCUUUAUAUAAAAUGAAAAUAACUUAUAACUAUAUUAUUUUCUUUAGCCCGAGGAACCUGAGGAAAGUGGUGGGAAAUCUCGAGCCAGUGACAUGUUGAACUACACUGCCAGUUUGAGGGAAUGUCAUUGCCAUCCACUGCAAAGGAGGCAAAGGGCGCACGGGUACGAUGGUGUGUACAUGGUUGAUUGACAGCGUUUAGUUUGAGAGUGCGCAGGUGUGGGAAAGGGCAAUGGCAGUGAUCUGAAGGUGCGGAUCAUAGUGAAAAGAGAGCAGGUGUUCCAGUGUGUCUGUGCCACGCAGACGAACUGUAGGCUGUUCCCAGAUACUGAAAACAAUGCCGUGGUGAUCAGCUUUCAGGAAGGGCCAGUGGUUUGUGGUGAUGUUAAGGUCAUGUUUGAAUCCAGGGCUGGUCUUCCAAAGGGGUAUGAGGACUAUCCUUUCUAUUUCUGGUUCAACACUUCAUUUGUAGAGAACAACAGGCUCUAUCUGUCAAGGGAGGAACUGGACAACCCACGUAAGUCCAAAACCUGGGACAUCUACAAGGAGGACUUUGCUGUGACCGUGUCUUUCAGUGACCCUGCAUUUAUGUAGCAGACGACACUUGCUUGUGUAUCUCAACUAAAACCCUUAAGCCCUGCACAAGGUCUAAAUCUUUGCUCUAAUGUAGGUUUUCACACACUUAUAAAAGGCGAGUGAUGUUUAGGGAUUGGAUUCGGGCAUAUUGUGCCCCUAAAGCUAUAGCUAUAGCUAUAUAACCUCAACUUUAUGUCCAUCCCCCAUCUUCACUGUAAGAGCUUUUUACUGAGCCGUGCAUACACCACAAUAUUAUGCAUUUGUUUGUCAAAUAUUUUUUUGUCUUUAAAUGAAGACAAAUGUUUGUGUCAGUUUAGCAUAUUAAGCCUCCAAAAUGUAAAUCUUACUCUUUAAGCUUGAGUGUACAUCAAAUAAAGCAAUCGAGGCUGCCACUGUGAAAUGGUCAAUGGUUAUGUGUGCAGAAACAUGUUUUUGUAGUACACAUGUAUUGAAAUAAAUACUAAUGUCUCUGUAA